UGGGGGGGUUUGGGGGUCCCCUCCAUGUCCUCCAGGCCACAGCCCCCCCUUGGGGACCCCAAUCACCCCUUACCAGGAUGGGGGUCCCUCACUGUCCCUCGUGUCCCCUGUCACCCCUUCCCAGGUAGCAAUAACCCCGCGCCCUGUAAUUAACCCUUAAUUAACUAACCGACCUUGUAAUUAACCCUGUAAUUAACCCGGUGGGGGGGCUGUGGCUGCGGCCUCGCUGCGGAGGGGUCUGGGGUGGUGACAUGGGGUGUCCCCAAGGGACAGGGACACGGGGGGUGCGGGGGUGUCCCCGUGUCCUUCCUGCCCCGUGUCCCCCCGGUCCCUGCCGCCGUUUCCUCCUUUUUGGUACUUUGCUGUCAAUUUUAUUAAAGGAGACAAAAAUGGGUUUGAUCCUUGUGGUGAACGCGAGGGGGGAUUGGGGCUGGCGCCACCCGUGUCACCCGUGUCACCUAUGUCACCUGUGUCACCUGUGUCACAACCAGCCCUGUCCCACGUGGCGCUGAUGUUUUUUAUGUAAAUCGCCAUUUCCCACCAGUCUGGGGCUGGGAGGGCGCUGGGGGUGCGGUGAGUGUGUCACACGUGUGUGUCACCUUGCACACGCACGGGGCCCUUCCUUGGUGCCGCCGGGAGGGGUCAGCAGAGCUGCAGGCACCGGGGAGGGCGUGUGGGUGUGCAAGGGGUGUGCAAGGGGGUUUGCAGGGGCUGUGGGUGUGCAAAGGGGUUUUGGCUCCCUUGCACGGGUGUGGGUGUGCCCGUGUUUGUGUGUGCAGAGCCCUGGGGUGACACACAUGUCCCCACCUUGUGCACACGUGUGGGCACCUCCCAGGGGCUGCCGUGGGAGGUGGGGUGUCACUGGAUGUCACAGGGUGCCAUGGGGUGCCAUGGCCAUGGGGUGAUGUGUGGUGCCAUAGGGUCCCAUAGGGUGACAUGGCCUGGGGUGCCCCAUCCGUGGGUGCCCUGUCCAUGGGUGUUGUGCCCAUGGGUGCCCUGCCCAUGCAGCGCUGUGCCCAUGGGUGCAGUGCCCUGUCCGGGAGCUCUGUGUCUUUAAGCAGCGCUGUCCCUAAAGCCGCUGUAUUGGCCGGUCCAUAAUCCCCGUGUCCCUAAGCUGCCGUGCCUAUAAGGGCUGGGGCUGCACGCGCAGGACUGGGCUGUAUCCGUGUGUCCCUGUGUGUCUGUGCUGUGUCCCUGUGUGUCUGUGACUGUCCCUGCGUGUCCCUGCCGUGUCCCUGUGUGUCUGUGAGUAUCUGUGAGUGUCCCUGUGCGUCCCUGCCGUGUCCAUACACAGCCCCACGCAGUGACAGCCAUGUGGCCCAUGGUGCUGCUGCUGGCAUCCACUACGUGGGGCAGCUGCACGAGGGGAGCCUCCUGCGGGUGGCCCUGGACCAGAUGACAGACGGGCAGCUCUGCUGGCACCGCCUGCCUGACCCCUACGACGAGGUGACCCUGGGGGCGCGGCGCUACCUGCUGCGCUCGGGCAAGGUGGCCUUUGUCACCGCGCUGGAGGAGCAGUUCCCCGAGGAGAAGGAGGCCAUCAGGGAGUUCAUGAGGCUCUCCAAGGUGUGCCCUGGGGUCACCUCCCCACGUCCCUGA